AAAAAAAUACAGCUGACAGGAAACCUCUCAGGAAACAUCUCAGGAAACCUCUCAGGAAACCUCUCAGGAUUCCUCUCAGGAUACCUCUCAGGGUACCUCUCAGGGUACCUCUCAGGAUACCUCUCAGGAAACCUCUCAGGAUACCUCUCAGGAUUCCUCUCAGGAUACCUCUCAGGAUACCUCUCAGGAAACCUCUCAGGAAACCUCUCAGGAUACCUCUCAGGAUACCUCUCAGGAUACCUCAGGAUACCUCUCAGGGUACCUCUCAGGAUACCUCUCAGGGUACCUCUCAGGAUACCUCAGGGUACCUCUCAGGGUACCUCUCAGGAUACCUCUCAGGAAACCUCUCAGGAUACCUCUCAGGGUACCUCUCAGGAUACCUCUCAGGGUACCUCUCAGGAUACCUCAGGGUACCUCUCAGGGUACCUCUCAGGAUACCUCUCAGGAAACCUCUCAGGAUACCUCUCAGGAAACCUCUCAGGAUACCUCUCAGGAUACCUCUCAGGAAACCUGUCAGGAUACCUCUCAGGAUUCCUCUCAAAAACAUUUUCAAUCGUUAUCACAUUUUUUUAG